AUGUCUGCCCAAAUCGACUAUGCAGAGAUCUCCCGACAUGCCCGCCGUAUUGUUGAUGCCAACCGCGCGCAAGCUGUCGUUGAUCAAGUAAUGUCGCAAGCGGAUACUAGCUCCGACUCGGCCCCUCCUACAGCAGCCGAAUCCUCCACCUCCCGGCCGCCGAAGAAGCUCAAUGCGAACGCGUCCGGGCGAAAGGCGGAGACUGGACGUUCGCGCCGACCGACAAUAGGGCGGGGCGUCUCAGAAGCUCAAUCUGCGACACGCCAGGAAUCGUCAGAAGCGGACUCGGCUAUGGAUGGUUUGGUGGGCGGGCAGGCACCCCUAGCUCCGCCUCAGGCUAUGCAGUCCGGUGGCGUAGGGGAGACCGAUGUCCUCCUGGCAGCAGCUACGCAGCAGGAAUAUGGUGCAGGGUUGAUGGGUAUGGUGUCCGGGAACGAUGGCAGCGGGCAAUGGGCUGCGAGGGGAUGGGCAAUAUCGCCUCCGCAGGUGCAAGCCGGUGGAAGUCGGGAUUACCUGAUGGGUAUGGGAAUGGGGAAUCAUUCGAGCCCUGAUCUCAGCUUCCUCAACGAUCUCUUCGCCUUUACACCAGCUCCUACCCUUCCACCCUUGGAGACGUCCCCCUCCCAGAUCCUUCCCAUCAACUUUUUGGCGCCCACUCCAGCACCUACCUCACAAACGGACCCCUUGCCUCAAUUCGCCAAUUUGAACAAAUCUCGGCUACUCGCCCGUCGGACAGCCAAUCAGAAUAUGGCGGCACCGGCUGUCUCCAGGGGAAUCUCGCCCCUUUCAAAUUCUACUGUACAUCCUCGGAUGCUAUUGAUAGAGACUAUCCUACAAGCGAGCGAGUUUGAUGACUCGCUAUUUGAGUUUGGGCCUUCUGGACGCGUCAUACAAUCUCUACCGGGAAGCUCCAGAGGGUUUGGCGGCACGGAUGUGCUCUCGAACGCCUUCUCCUCCCCUUCUGCCCGCACGCUCUUCCACCACUACUGCAACGUCUCGGCUCGAUUUCUCGUCACCAUGGGCAAUAUCGGUCCGAACCCUCUCGUCACGCUCUGCACCCCCAGCAAACUCCUCGACACAUCGUCCGCCGCCUCCGCCGCUAUCCGCAUGAGUCUGCUCAGCACGAGUAUGGCACAUUUUACGUACGAGACGGUCGAUCUAGUGGGCGCGGCCAAUCUAGGGAGAAAUUGGGCGAGCACGAGGGCCAGAUUAGAUGCGGUGGGGCGAAAGUUUAAGAAGGCUGCGUUAUCGAACAUCUUCAUGGCGGAGACGACAGAGACUAGUCCCGAAGCCAUUGACUCUAUCCUUGCCGCUUGCACCUUUAUCUGCAUUCGAGAUGUGAUCAGCGCAGAUCCUACAUGGGCGGACAAUAUGGAGUUCGUGCUAAAGCUUGCGCACAAGAAGGGCGGACCGCAGGCCAUGCUCAAGACUACCAAUGGGGCAAGCAACUUUACCCGGCGAUACUUGCUGGAGAAUCUCGCUACACACGAUGUCUUCAGCUGCUUCUCUACCGGCAAAGAGCCAGCGCUACUUGGCAACUAUGACUGCUGGUGGUUUGAGAGCGUCGAAACGUCUCAGACGCGGUGGGAAUGGGAGUCGGUAGAGAGAACUUUCGGUAUCUCACGCGCCAUGGUGGAGCUCGUCGCCCGAGUCGUCACCCUCGACUCGCGGAAACGCCGCCUCGGAAUCGUCAUGAGCGACCAUCCCGAGGAAAUGAUGGUCAUAGGCCAACACUUCAUUCGUGAAUCGCACUGCCUACUGCUCGAGGCGGAUAUCUGGGGAAACAGUCUGAGCGCGUUACCUCAGCAUCAUCGCGUUACUUGCGGCGACUACAUCUACAAAUACAUGACCGUCGUCCUCAUCCUCGCUGAUAUACUCGAACAGCCCAUCUCCACGCCGCGUAUCGCCCAGUCGGUCGAUAGCAUCCUCGAGCUCUGCAGCGAAGCCACCGCGAUGCGCAUGUCCGUCAUGCUCACCUGGCCACUGCUCAUUGCGGGCUUGUAUUGUUUGCCGGAGAAGCGGGAAAAGGUGUCCUCAUUAUUCGACGCUUUCCAGUAUGACUAUUGCGAAGAUCUGAGAUGUGCUCGCUCGUUGUUGGAGGAACAGUGGAGGCUCAUUGAGGCAGGGCACGGUCCUCGUCCAUGGCGAGAAGUCAUGAAGAAGCUGGACAAGCACGCAAUGCUGAUCUAA